AUGGAGAAUCUGAUCCCCCAGGGUGAUAGAAUCGAUCGCCAGAAAAAGAUGGGGGAAGCAAGGGAGCGCGGGUUGAAACACGUCGAGGAUGAGAAAGCCAGCAUGAGUAUUCUAGGACACAAAGUCAUCUUACAAGAUGCCAUGGGAGAAAUUGCAGGAGACAUUGAGACGGCCCAGGCAUAUGUCAAAGACGCGAUCAAGGAUGUUCCAUACGCCCCUGCCGUCAUGGCAGGUAUCUCUCUGGUUCUUCCACUCUUCAAAAACCCGAGCGCUGUUGAGGCAGCCAACCGCGAGGGGCUUGCCUAUGUGAUAUCCCAAAUGAAUUACUAUACUGCGAUGGAGCCUCUCCUACUACAACAUCAAAAACGAACUGCCCUGGAUGAAGACUUGUUCAGGCGGGUGGCUGGCUUCUACAAGAUGGUCACCGAGUUCCAGAUACAGAGCAUCUUAUGGUUCUAUCGCCAUGGAGUUAAAAAUUAUUUCAGGGCCGUGAUAAAUUACGACGAAUGGGACAGAAAGCUGAGAUUUGUCAAAAAUGAACAGCAGGAACUUGGCUCAAAACUGGAAAAAGUACUAUUCCUGUCAAGUUCAAACCAUCUUAGAAACAUCCGCAAGACAGCCGAUGAAUCUUGUGGGAAGCUCGGAAAUAUUCGCGAGGGAGUCCAACAGCUUGUCAUGUAUGCAAAAGAUAACGAGAAACAGAAAUUUCUCGAAGCACUGCAGACGAGCGACCCUAGUGAUGGGAAGGAUCGCAUUGAACAAGAGAAAGGAUUUAUACUUCAAGGCACUACGGAUUGGAUACUCGAAACUCCAGAAUUCCAGCAAUGGCUUUAUAAUGACCGAACCCAGUUUCUCUGGGUCAAGGGUGAUCCUGGCAAGGGAAAGACAAUGCUUCUCUGUGGAGUAAUCCAUGAGCUGUCCAAGCCAUCUUGGAAUACAAGCAAUCUCGUUUAUUUUUUCUGCCAGGAGACAGAUGAGCGGAUUUCAACUGCAUCAUCGGUUUUGCGAGGGCUGCUGCGCAUGUUUGUGAAAGCACAACCGUCACUUGUCUCAUCCCUUGGGGAAUUUACGAAAGAUCGCAUGCAGGGCCGCAAUGAAUGGUGGGCGUUGCGCGGGGCCUUUCAGGCAAUUCUCGACGACCCCCAGCUUCGAACAACUUACUUGAUCAUCGAUGGGCUUGAUGAGUGUAUCGAGGGUAGGAAUAAGCUCAUUGAUCUGAUUACCACCCAGUUAAAAGCAAAGCCAUGGGUCAAAUGGCUUGUUUCAAGUCGUAAUUUGUCGAAGAUUGAAAGGGGUCUAGGCGAAUUCGCGUUACCUCUAUCCCUGGAAGAGAACGAAACGCAUGUUUUGAAAGCCAUCAACUCCUUCAUUGACCACAAAGUCCAACGAUUGGCUAAGUAUAGCGACAUCGAGGGCAAAGAUUGGGCAAAUGUUCUCGAACACCUGUAUAAGAAUGCAGAUGGAACUUUUCUAUGGGUCGAGUUGGUGUGCAAGCAACUAGAAAAAGUCUCAACUCGCGAAGUCGAUAACCUUUUGCUAGAAUUUCCAUCUGACCUAAUAUCUGUUUACGAGCGUCAGAUGGAACGAUUAGCAAAUUUAGCAAAUUUAAGACCAGCGGACUAUGAACUCUGCAAGCAGAUUUUGUCGGUUACCUCACUUGUGCGCCGACCUGUUAACUUGGAGGAAUUGGCCGAGCUGGCAGACUUACCUUCGCCCACGAAGAAGGAGACGACGAGGCUGAUUAAUGAGUGUAGCUCUUUUCUAACCAUUCGCGGAGGAAGCACAGUUCGUUUUGUGCAUCAAUCGGCCAAAGAUUACUUGCAGAAGGAUGGCCUACCUGAGAUCUUCCCAGACGGGCUGAAAAGCCAGGAUCAUGCUUUGUUCUCGAGGUCUCUCCAAGCCAUAGCCGUGACACUGAGGCGCGACAUCUACGAUCUAAAAGAUCCGGGGUACCUAAUUGACAAUGUCAAGGAUAAAGAUCAUGACUCCCUGGGCCCAGUGCGAUAUGCAUGUGUAUACUGGGUAGACCACCUUUGUGCAGAUCCCAGAGAAGCAGAUUUCGAAGAGGACGGUAUAUUGGACAUGUUCCUACAAAGAGACUAUCUUCAUUGGAUUGAGGCUCUCAGUCUCCUCAGAAGCAUGUCGGCCGGAGUCUUCUGGAUGUUAAAACUUGAGAAACUGGUUACGGUUAGUUAA